AUGGCUUCGGAAAAUGAAAUCACCGCCCUAGCGGUGCACUCUAACAAGGAAGACCUGACGACAUUCGCGCCUGAAUCCCCCGUGGCCAACAAGGAUGAGGCACUCUGCGCCGAAACCACGACCAAUCGCCGCAAUCCUGUCGGAUCACGAUUGGGCUCCGUUAUUAGAGCUUUUGAAAAUCAGCUCAUCGAGUAUAACCUGGAAGCGCGUGGUAUCGAGCGUGUUGCUGUGGAUGAGCGCAUGAAGCGCAAUACAUGGAUGUCGUAUCUGCAAGUCUUCUUGCUUUGGAUCUCCAUCAACCUUGCACCCAAUAACAUUACACUGGGGAUGUUAGGUCCUGCUGUGUAUGGUCUCAGCUUCCGGGAUUCGGCACUUUGUGCUGUCUUUGGCGCCUUCGUUGGUUCCUUCGUCGCCUCUUGGAUGGCCACCUGGGGGCCCGUUUCUGGGAUCCGGACACUGGCUUUUGGAAGGUAUUCGAUGGGCUGGUGGCCUAGCAAGAUCAUUGUCCUAUUGAACCUCAUUCAGAUGAUUGGAUACGGCUUGAUCGAUUGCGUCGUGGGGGGACAAAUCUUGUCUGCUGUCUCCUCUAGCGGCAUGUCUGUAGCUGUCGGCAUCGUGAUCAUCGCGGUUAUCAGCUGGGUUGUAGCUACAUUCGGCAUCCAAGCCUUCCACUACUAUGAACGAUUCGCCUUUUUGCCUCAAGUAAUUGUGGUCUUCAUCCUUUUCGGAGUGUCAUCAGUGAAGUUCGACUUGUCGACCACCUCUACCGGCGAUUCCCGGACAGUAGCUGGCAAUAGGCUAUCCUUCUUCUCCAUCUGUCUGAGCGCCGCAGUGACCUACACCCCACUAGCAGCCGACUUCUUUGUCUACUACCCUGAGAACACCUCUCGGGCGAAACUAUUCAGUCUCAGCCUGGGAGGCCUCCUCGUCUCCUUCACAAUGGCCCUAGUCAGCGGCGUCGGGCUGGCGUCGGGAGUCUCCACACACCCAGAGUAUGCCGCUGCCUACGAGCAAGGCCAGGGAGCACUAAUCGUGGAAGGAUUUGGCCCGCUGCACGGCUUCGGCAAAUUCUGCUCUGUGAUCUGCGCCCUCGGCCUGAUCGCCAAUACCGUCGCGCCCACUUACUCCUCCGGCAUCGACUUUCAGAUCCUCGGUCGUUACGCCGAGGCAGUACCACGCGUCAUCUGGAGUACCAUUGCCGUCAUUAUCUAUACCGUCUGCGCGCUAGUUGGCCGCAGCAACCUCUCUGAGAUCUUCACCAAUUUCCUCGCUUUGAUGGGCUACUGGGUCGUCAUCUGGAUUGCUAUCGUCCUUGAGGAGCGGUUCAUCUUCCGUCUCCGCACUGGGUAUAACUGGGGCAUCUGGCGGGAUCCAUCAAAGCUGCCCAUUGGAAUUGCGGCUUUCGCUGCAUUUGUCGUUGGCUGGGUGGGUGCUGUAUUGUGUAUGGCGCAGGUGUGGUACAUCGGUCCCAUUGCUAAAUUGGUCGGCGAAUACGGUGCGGAUAUGGGGAUUUACGUCGGGUUCUGUUGGACUGCGCUUGUUUACCCUCCUCUCAGAUUCAUCGAACUUCGUUUCGUGGGUCGCUAG